AUGAAAAAGGAAGUGGCAUGCACACCCGCUGAUACGCUCCCAGACCUAGAACCGCUGCUCACGGAGUCCAAGCGGCGCUUUGUCUUGUUCCCGAUUCAGUACCCAGAGAUAUGGCGCAUGUACAAGCAAGCCGAAGCAUGUUUUUGGACGGCAGAAGAGAUUGACCUUUCGCAUGAUCACUGGGACUGGAACGACCGCCUCAAUGACAAUGAACGCCACUUCAUCUCACACGUGCUCGCAUUCUUCGCCGCGUCUGACGGUAUCGUCAACGAAAACCUCGUCGAGCGGUUCUCCAAUGAGGUCCAGGUAGCAGAGGCACGAUGCUUCUACGGCUUUCAGAUCAUGAUGGAGAACAUACACUCUGAGACGUACUCGCUCCUCAUCGAUACUUAUAUCAAGGAGCCCAAGCAGCGUGAACAUCUAUUCGACGCGAUUGAGACUAUUCCCUGCAUCAAAAAGAAGGCCGACUGGGCCCUGCAUUGGAUCUCGGACAAACAAUCAUCUUUCGCCGAGAGGCUGGUCGCAUUUGCCGCUGUCGAGGGUAUCUUCUUCUCUGGCUCUUUCGCGUCAAUAUUCUGGCUCAAGAAGCGUGGUCUAAUGCCCGGUCUGACCUUCUCGAACGAACUCAUCAUUCGAGACGAGGGCAUGCAUACCGAUUUUGCAUGCCUACUCUACCAUCAUCUCAAAAGGCGGCUGCAUCCAUCAGUAAUUCUCAAGAUUGUCACCGAAGCGGUCGCAAUAGAGCAAGAAUUCCUGACGGACGCACUGCCCUGCGCUCUCAUUGGCAUGAACGCGCGGUUAAUGUCCCAGUACAUCGAGUUCGUCGCCGAUCGCCUUCUCGUCUCACUCGGAAAUGAGAAGCAUUACCAAGCAACGAAUCCCUUCGAUUUUAUGGACAUGAUCUCCAUGCAAGGCAAGACCAACUUUUUCGAGAAGCGGGUAUCCGAUUACGCCAAGGCAGGCUUGAAGACUGGCACAGACGCCCCUGGGGCAGCCACACACAAUGCUAGAGCCUUCUCCCUCGAUGAGGAUUUCUAG